AUGUCUCAAUACGGCCAGUCACGUGGCGGCUACGACGACGAUGAUGGUCCACGCCGGUAUCAUAGCGUACGAACACGACCACGAGGCAACGACGAGCCGGACUACGUGAGGGAAGAGACGUACAUUGAGCGCGGCAAGGGUGCUGGACCACGUGAUUUGGUGUUUCGAGGUCGCGAUGACAGCGUUGAGGACAUUCCCAGGGACUUCCCACCGCCUGGACGUAACUCGCGCCGGAAUGGAGACUACGACGACUACAAUGCACCUCCCCGCCGUGCAAAGAGCGCGCGUGGGGGCAGAUACGACGAUGACUACGACGACGACCGGUCCACUGUCUACGGCGCUGGAGCAGGAGGAGCUGCUGGAUACGCCGCUGGUCGCCGUGGAGACAAGAGAGAUCGACGCCGUCGCGAUGAUCGUGAUUACGACUCCGAUUACUCCGACUCCCCGCCGCCACGCCGUCAUGAGCGCAAGAAGUCGGGCAUCCAGGAGACGCUCGAGGGUCUCGGCUUAGGCGGCAUCGUUGGUGCAGCACUCGGCAAGAAAGACAAGGACAAGGACCGCUCCUCAUCUCGUGAUGGUCGCUCUGCCCGUUCCGGCCGGUCUCGCUCACGUGCCAAUCGCGGACGUUACUCGGACGAGGACUCUCGAAGCCGCUCUCGUGGCGGUGGCAAGCAGAAUGAACGCAAGUGGGCCCAGGCUGCUCAAGCUGCACUCGUCGCUGGUGCCGUCGAGGCUUUCCGCUCGCGUAAGGAGGCUGGCCCAUGGACUGGCGAGAAAGGAAAGCGCAUUGCCACGGCGGCUUUUGGUGCUGGUGGUAUCGAUGGUUUUCUCCAAGGCAAGAAGCCAGAGGAGAAGUCAAAGAUCCAUCUUGCUGAAGCUGUUAUUGGUGGUCUGGCUGUCAAUCGCCUGGCCAACGGCUCCCGAUCCAAAUCUCGCGGACCGGAUGGACGUGGACGGGAUUACUCUCCAGAUUCCCGUGCUGGUGGCGGUCUCCGUUCCCGCAGUCGCAGUGUCAUAGACAGGUUCAGGGGAAGAUCAGCAUCACGUGGUCCAGGCGCUCGCAGCGAGGCAGGCGAAGGAGGGGGUGGUGCAGGCGCACUCAAGGGUUUGGUAGCAGGCGGUGCAGUCGCUGCAGCUGGCAAGGCCAUCUAUGAUCGGGUACGCUCCAAGUCACGCAAACGUCGCUCACCUUCAAACUCCAGCGCAGACUCGUAUGUGCCUUCCCGCAAUCGUCGCCGAGACAAGCGUCGCUCACCCCCUUCAGAUACAGACGAUCGCAGUACUCGCCGCAGUCAAGCCGGUACCGCUCGCGGUCAAGGUCAAGACCGCGGCAUUAAUGGCCGUGAUGUCGCCGCGGGCGGGGCGGCGGGCGCUGGUGCUGGUGCAUUAGUUGCGAACCGUAAUCGAGGACAGCAGCAGAACGGAAAUGACGGCAACAACGACAACAAGAAUAACAAUAAUAAUGAGAGCAAGGACGGCGAGCAACACAGUGAUAGUAGUAGCACUACUGACAUGGAGAACAAAAGAAAGCACAUGAAGGGGAAAGAGCUGUUGACGGCGGGUCUGGCUACUAUUGCUACCAUCCACGCCGCCCAUGGUGUCUACUCCUCGAUGGAAUCGCACGAGAAACGGCAUCGGCUUGUGGCGGAGGGUGAGAUGAGUCCCGAGGAGGCUAGGAAGAAGCAAACGAAGGCUUGGGUGCAAGAUGCAGCCGCUGUGGGUAUUGCGGCUUUGGGUAUCAAAGGUGCUUUCUCAGAGUGGAAGGAGAUGAAUGAGCAGAGGUAUGCAUAUCCUAACUCACCCCCUAACAAAAACUAUUGUCCGCUAAUCAUCGCACUUUCUUUUCUCGCUAGACGUGAAAUCCACGAAAUCGAAAAGCGCAAACGCGAGCGUAGAAAGCGGCUGGAGCAACGCAAACGAACCGAGGAGCAUCAGCGGCAGGAGCAAAUGAUGAACGUGUGGAGCAAAAACCCCAUGAUGGCGAUGCAGAUGCAUACUAUGCAGCAGAGCAUGCAAGGUAAUGGACAAGGCAUGCCGUUGCCGAUGAUGCCCCAGGGUUAUGGUGGCGGUGGCGGCGGAGGUGGCGGUGGAGGACAGGGCCAGAGGCAGCAGCAGCAGCCCGGUACGUAUUGGCAGAGGCUUUAUGGGACACGGGGAUAA